AUAUUGUCGUCUGUUGUUCUCCAUUAGCAUUUUUACAACAUUACCAUUUUGCCAUGUUAGGCUAGCUUGAUUUUGAUUUUAAUAUAUAAAUUAACUUAUUUCUUAAGUUUCCUUUUAUUAUUAGUUCGCAACAAAUAAUAUCACAUUUACAAUGUCCGCGGCUGCUCGACUGUAUUCAAAAACCAACCAUGUUGAAGCAAAGAUACCAUUUCUAAUUGGCGUUGCUGGUGGGACUGCUAGUGGAAAAUCUACUGUAUGCAAGAGGAUCAUGGAGAAGCUAGGCCAAGUUGACAUGGAUCAUGCUGAGCGACAAGUUGUGACUAUCAGUCAGGACAGCUUCUACCGAGAGCUGUCCCCGACAGACAAGGCCAAAGCUGCUAAAGGACAGUUCAACUUUGACCACCCAGAUGCGUUUAAUGACGAACAGAUCUUCCAAACUCUGCAAGAUGUCCUUGCUGGCAAGAAGGUGGAAAUUCCCGUUUAUGAUUACCGCACAAAUUCUAUUGUUCCCGACCAAACAACAACUGUGUAUCCGGCCGAUGUGGUGCUGUUUGAAGGAAUCCUUGUGUUUUACUUUCCGGAAAUAAGAAAUCUCUUCCACAUGAAACUAUUUGUAGACACCGACUCAGACACAAGGCUGGCGAGAAGAGUGCCACGAGACAUCAAAGAACGAGGACGAGACCUUGAUCAUGUCCUUACUCACUACAUGGAUUUUGUAAAGCCUGCCUUCGAGGAUUUUUGUCUUCCUACCAAAAAGUUUGCAGAUGUGAUUAUUCCAAGAGGUGCUGACAAUACAGUUGCUAUAGGCUUGAUCGUUCAACACAUCUGGGACAUACUGCACGGUUCAAGCCAACACAAGGUCAUUGGACGACGAGCCAGUUCAGGCUCUGACACCCUGAGCCGCUAGUCUCCGUCCGCCGUCUAGGUUAUGUUAGGUAGAAAGAGACAGGUGUAGUAGACGUAAAUGUUCAUAAGUACGUUGCGGCAAAUAGCUGGUAUUAUCUCGUUUAGUAUUUGUUCAAUCGUCUUACGAUUUAUAGAAAUUUUAUUUCUUUAGACGGAAAGAUUUUAGGAUCUUUGAUUUUUGGACUUCAAACAAAGACUUUUAUCAAUUUAAAUUUUAGUGAAUUUCAAGGGAAUUUUUGUAUUUAAUCAUAAAAGAUAGAAAGUAUUCUAGCUAUGCAUUUCAGAAAUAUUGAACAUUUAGAGGGUAAUAUAUUCAUGAUGUAUUAAACUGAGAAGCUAUGAGAUUUUGAAGAGAUUAUUAUAUAUACAUGUAAAAGUUGUUGACAGCACUACCUAUAUUACUAGUUAGCUCAUAAAAAUGUCAAUUAUUCUAAAACUCGACUGAAUAACUUAGUUAUUUAGUAGUUACUGAAUUACAGGGUUUGCUUCUUUAUAAGUACUAUAAGUUUGUUUCCUCCACAUCUCACAAUUAGUAUUAUCAAUCCGCAAUGGUAUUGAGAUAAAGAAGGAAACUACACUUUCUUAUAUUUUUUUCUCGUAGACAGUAAAUUGAGCUACUUAACUAGUCUAGAAUACCAAAAACCUAUCUGUCUCUUUCUUUUUUAGAUAAAAUUGUAUUUAUCCAGUAAAUUUACUUGUUAUCCUGGUUUUGCUUUUAAGUCUACUACAAUUAUUAGGCUAUACAUGUUUGUUUUAUAUAUUUUCUAAUAUGUUUUUGUGCAAAUUUGUUAUUGUAUAAUUUUUGCUAAUAUGUUGCAUCACAUAUUUACAUUGACAAAAUACUUAAAUCAUUAAUGUUUUUUACUGUUUGACUUGUAUUUAUUUAGAAAAAAGUUUCUAGCAAUCAAUUAUUUUGCUGAUAGUUUAUCAGGCUGUCUACAGGUCAUGAAACUCAUUGGAAUGUCACUGAUUUUAAUUUUGGGGGCAUAGAAGUCACUGAUUAAAAUUCAAAUGGAUUUUAAGUCUCAGACUUGUCAGAUCCAAAUAAAUAAAUUGAAACACAUUUUCAUAAGGCCCUUAUUUACUUAGUGGUCAAAACAAUGCUUUCUGAAAUUAAAGAAAUAUUCCCUGUGACAGAUAAAAUAGGCUUAUUGCAGAUAAUUCUUUAUAGCAAUAGGUAAUCGAAAAGUCAUAAGAUAUUACUUAGAAGAACCAGUAGACACUGUUAUAUUUUACUUACUACUAUACCGGUGUAUAAGUUUAUACUGUAUUGUUAUUUUCUUAUGUUAAAAUUUAGUGCUUGGUUAUUAUUAACAGCACAAAUCUAUUACGUCAGCAUUAAAGAUGAUGUAGACGUUUGAUGAAUGUGUGAGGAAUUGUAUCUCUUCAUGUGUUAGAAUGUUGUGUAACUGUUAACCUGUUCUAUUCAAUGACAUUCCUCAACGGGGCAUUUGAGUCUUUAAUGUAACAAUUCACUGUCAUUAAUGUGCUCACAUGGUAAAUUUUGAAAUAAAGUUUGUACGUUGUGUA